AUGAUGAAUAUUUUUCGCUCGUAUUUAUCUGGUGAAAGUCCAGCAACAGUGUCUGAUCUUGAAUCAAAAGAAACUCAUCGAGAUAAUGAUUCAUUUUUAAUGAAAAACAGUAUCAGAUCCAAUGGAUACGCUAGUGAUCGACAAGCAAUGAAUGCAAAUCGAAAUCAAAAACAGCAUGACAUAAUCGUUGAUUCAAAUUAUGUUCAUAAGAAAGUACCGAUCGUGCCUGUUGAUCGCUCAAAAUAUAUCUACUAUUAUGGAAAACUUCUUCCUGUCGAUUAUAUUCUUGUUUAUACGCGUUACCAUUCGAAUCACUUUCGACGAAGAGCUCAUCGAUCCAAGCGCCAACAUGAAGAGUAUCGAGAGUUUUUUCAAGAUCGUCUUAGAAAAUUAGGUUUCAUUGUUGUUGAAGAGCGACUAACUGACGAAGAAAAUGAUCUUCUAAAUCUGCGACAAGCUGAAAACUCCGCUGAUAUUUCUGAUAACAACAAUAAUACAAAUGCAGAAAGUAAUCACGUACUUGCUCGUGGCUUUUCAACGUUACAGCGACAUGUGUCAAUACGUUUACAAAAUAUCAGUUCACAUUUAAAAAAAGAUUCCACCGAUAAUCGCAAUAAGGCUAUUGAUGAAGAAGAAUCUGUUCAAUUAGAAGAUUCCAAAGAGAAUAUCAAUCGAGAGAAUGGUUGUCGAAAUAAAAGAACAUUUUCGAGCGAACGUGAUGAUGAAUUGAAACAAGAUGAAAGAUAUUUUGUCAAAAUCCAUGCACCUUUCGAAGCUUUAUUAGUAUUAGCUGAGAAAUUGAAAGUUAAAUUACCUUUUAGUGAAAAUAAAGCACCAUUGAGACCGGGAUUAUUUGAUCAUGGUCUACCUUGUCAAUUUACUCGUCUUAAUCCAGCUGAGUUUCCUCCACCACAUAAUGGAAAAACAUACUUUACUGCUUGUUAUCAAAAGAGCCUUCACUACAGAUUUUCGGAACAUUUCGGUGAUGUUAAUCAAGUAUUUCGUCCGGCCGAACGAAGUCGUUUAGUCUAUGAAAUUCUUCUCCGUUGUCCGUAUAGAUCGCCUGAGCCAUUACUAACUGACAGAAUGCUUGUUUUAUUAUUUAACGAUCACGAUCCGAUUGAUGAAAUUGAAAGUGAACCACCGGAAAAGGAUUCCACUGCACCAAAUCCAGUUAUGAAUAGCCGACAAUCACAAGCGAGUGAAAAGCAAACAUUAAAGAUCGAAGAAGCUUUCACAUCGAGUACACGAAGAUCAGGCAUGAAAGAUACAGGCAUCGAAGUUUUACUUGAAGAAGGUGUUUACGAAGCAGCAUUUCCAUUACAUGAUCAGCUAAUUCAGGAAGAAGAUGCUGGCGAACCUGAAACAUGGAACGAUCGAACGAAAUUAUAUCAUCGUUGGGCAAGGUUCAGUAAUAUAUUUCGCGUUCAGCCUAUUCGAGCCAUUCGAGACUAUUACGGUGAACGUUUAGCAUUCUAUUUCGCUUGGCUUGGAUGGUAUAAUUCACUAUUGACGGUUCCGUCGAUUCUCGGAGUCUUUGUUCUUCUAUGGGGCCUCUUGUCAGUUAAAUAUGACCAACCAACAUUAGAUAUAUGUAAUCCUACUUCCAGUUAUUUAAUGUGUCCAAAAAUUGAUCGGCAAGCAUAUUGGUUUUUAAAUGAGACAUGUUUUAAUGCUAAAAUAUCCUAUAUUUUUGAUAAUUCGGCUUCGGUGGCUUUUGCUAUUAUCAUCAGUAUCUUUGCCGUUAGCGUGAAUUUUCUCUGGCAAAGACAAGAGUAUCGAUUACAAUUUGAAUGGGAUAUGACGGAUAUUACUGAAGAUACCGAAACUUUGCGACCGGAUUUUGAACGGCGUGUAGAAAAAACAAUUAUCAACAAAGUUACAGAUAAAUUUGAACCUUAUGUACCGUUUUAUAAACGUCUUAUCAGUUAUAUGUCAUCAUUCUCAGUUGUAUUAUUUAUGGUAUUACUUGUUCUAGCUGUUGUUGCUGGCAUUGUUGUCUAUCGAUUAAGUGUUUCGGCAGCAUUUAAUACAAUUGAUCGAGGAAUGUGGAUUUAUCGUUGGAAGCCAAUCAUUGUCCCAAUCACUGGAGCUUUAAUCAAUUUGGUCAUUAUUUUAAUUUUACAAUAUUUCUAUGAAAUUCUGGCUAUAUGGUUAACGAAUGCAGAAUUACAUCGCACUGAUAAGACUUAUGAAGCGAGUCUAACAAUAAAGAUGUUUCUCUUUCAAUUUGUGAACUAUUACGCCAGUAUAUUCUAUAUUGCUUUGAUAAAACCGUUGAUUAUCUACAAACCAACGCAUCUUGAUCAUCAUUCGAGACCGUUUCGUCUAGAAGAAUGUGAUGUCAGCGGUUGCGUAUGGGAGUUAUCGAUCCAAUUGAUCAUUAUCAUGGUCGGUAAACAACUGAUAUCGAACAUAUGGGAAUUUUAUUUUUCGAGAUUAUGGAACAUGUGUCGAAAACGUAUUAAAUUUCGUCAAACCGUUCGUCAAAUCAACAAACGGAAUGCUAAAAUGAAGCAAAUGCAUGACCAAUCUUUAAACAUGAAUUUGACACGUUCCUACGAAGAAGACUUUCUUUUACAACCAUUUGAACUAACAACACUUUUUUAUGAAUAUUUGGAGAUUAUUUUACAAUUCGGUUUUGUCACAUUCUUUUGUUUAUCAUUUCCUCUGGCACCAUUAUUUGCAUUCAUUAAUAAUAUUUUCGAAAUACGUAUCGAUGCAUUGAAAGUUGUCAAAGAAUUCCGUCGACCUGUUGCACGUCCCGCGGCGGGCAUUGGAACAUGGAAUUCGAUUUUAGCCAUCAUGGCAAAAGUAACUGUUCUAUCCAAUGCAUUUUUGAUUGCGAUCACAUCGGAAUAUAUUCCUCGACAUGUUUACUAUUGGACAAUCGGAAAUUAUUCAUUAAAUGGUUUCCUUCAUCAUACAUUAGCACCGUUUCAUCCAAGUGAUUUUCCUCCCGCAAUCAAUCGCACAUCACUCGAGUGUCGAUUUAUUGAAUUUCGUUUGAUUGAUUUAUCAAAACAAUCAACGUUUUUCUUACCAUUUGCACAAUCAUAUCAUCUAUCACAUUUUGAUUGCAAUUCAUCGUUAGCAAAUGAAAUACGCUCACAGAUUGAUUUUUCUACCUGUUAUUAUAAAGAUUAUCGACUUGAUCAUACACAUAAUUAUGCACGGUCGUAUAUGUUUUACUACGUUAUGGUAGCAAGAUUAGCAUUUGUCAUUAUAUUCGAGCACUUUGUAUACAGUAUCCUGUUUCUUAUUCGAAACUUUAUACCACGUGGUCCGCGAAGCAUUCGAGCUCAACUGGAACGAUGCCGUUAUUUAGUUCAACAAAUGUAUUGGGGUGCCGAAUUAUACGCCCAGAAUCCAAAUCUGAUAAAAAAGGAUGAAAACCGCGUUCGAGUUGACGAAGCUGAUCAUGAUCAACGUCGGCAGAGUAUUCUUCCUCCAUUGAUGACACCUACGAAUGAUUUAACUUUCACUGGAACUGCUGGUUUGGAUGUGUAA